CGGCAGUGACCCGGCUGAGCGGCUGGGUUGGGUUCAGGCUGUAAGGUGACACCACAGGUCAUUCACUUACUGAUCCAUCAAAGCUUCUUCUAUCAGCAUUUAUAACUAAUCUAAUACUGUAAUAAAACAAUAACCUACACAGAUUAAAUACAUUCUUCAUUAUGACCAACUAUACAGACAUCAAACUGUCCACACAAACACACACACACUGUGAUCCUCCCCCCUUAAUGAGUGACAUGCAUUGUCUAUAUUUGUUCUCUGAGAAGGACAGCUGCUCUACUGACCAACACUUCCAGAGAGAGAGAGAGAGAGAGAGAGAGAGAGAGAGAGAAAGAGAGAAAGAGAGAGAGAAAGACCGGUAGAGUCCAGCUGGGCAGAUUGAAUUGGGGAAGUAAAGGAGAGGAAGAAAGGUUACAACAAAAUAGAGUGGAAUAAACAAAAAAAUCAGGUGAGAUGGAGGGUGGUGGCGACGCUCCGAUGAGUUCCUUCAUCAUGGAUGAGGAGACGCUGAAGAGGAAGCAGCGUGAGAAGCUGAAGAAGCUUCAGGCCACUGGAGGAAACCCCCGACCUGCCCGCUCCCUCCUCUUCCUCACGCUGAAGAACCCCUUCCGUAAAGCCUGCAUCAGCAUUGUGGAGUGGAAGCCUUUUGAGAUUAUUAUCCUGGUGACCAUCUUUGCUAACUGUGUAGCUCUAGCUGUGUUUAUGCCCAUGCCUGAGGAGGACACCAACAACACCAACAGUAACCUGGAAAGUCUUGAGUACAUCUUCCUGAUCAUUUUCACUCUGGAGUGCUUCCUGAAGAUCGUGGCGUAUGGGCUGCUCUUCCAUGCAGACGCUUACUUACGGAACUGCUGGAACAUUCUGGACUUUGUCAUUGUCACUAUGGGACUGUUCACCAUCGCUGUGGACUUCAUCAAUAACAUCAGUGGGGUGGAGGCUCCGGUGGAGCAGAAGGGUGGAGGCUUCGAUAUGAAAGCUCUGAGGGCUUUCAGAGUGCUGAGACCACUACGCCUCGUUUCAGGGGUUCCCAGUCUACAGGUGGUGAUGAGCUCCAUCCUGAAGUCCAUGCUGCCGCUGUUCCACAUCUCCCUGCUGGUCUUCUUCAUGGUCACCAUCUACGCCAUCAUUGGCCUGGAGCUCUUCAAGUGCAAGAUGCACAAAACCUGUUACUACAGUGGAACAGAUAUUGUAGCGACGGUGGAGAAUGAGAAGGCGUCGCCAUGUGCCGAGGCGGGAAAUGGGCGGCGCUGCACAGUGAACGGCACCGUGUGCAAACCGGGCUGGCCAGGACCCAAUAACGGCAUCACACACUUCGACAACCUCGGAUUCUCCAUGCUCACCGUUUACCAGUGCAUCACCACACAGGGCUGGACUGAUGUUCUCUAUUGGGUUAAUGAUGCUAUCGGGAUGGAGUGGCCGUGGCUCUACUUUGUGACUCUGAUUCUGCUGGGAUCUUUCUUUAUUUUAAACAUGGUUCUGGGAGUUCUCUGUGGGGAGUUCACUAAAGAGCGUGAGAAGAGUUCUCGGAGUGGAGAGUAUCAGAAGCUGCGAGAGCGGCAGCAGCUGGAUGAAGAUCUGAAGGGUUAUAUGGACUGGAUCACUCAGGCUGAGGUUAUGGACAAUGACCAGGACAGACAAGGUUUGCUGCCGCUGCAGGAAGGAGGUUCAGAUACUGAGAGCCUGUAUGAGCUGGAGGGACUCAACCGCCUCAUGUACUACGUGCGUCACGCUCGGCGCUGGAACCGGUUCUUCAGGAGGAAGUGCCGGGUGUGGGUGAAGUCCAGACUCUUCUACUGGCUGGUGUUUCUGCUGGUGUUCUUCAACACACUGGUCAUCGCCACUGAGCACCACAUGCAGUCCCAGUCCCUCACCAACUUCCAAGAGAACUCGAACACGGCUCUGCUGUGUCUGUUUGCUGUGGAGAUGGUGCUGAAGAUGUACGCUCUGGGGCUGCCCUCCUACUUCAUGUCUCUGUUUAACCGUUUCGAUUGCUUCGUGGUCUCUGUGGGGAUGCUGGAGCUCAUCCUCGUCCACAUGGGCGUCAUGUCCGCCAUGGGCAUCUCCGUCAUGCGCUGCAUCCGCCUGCUGCGCCUCAUCAAAGUCACCAAGUACUGGACGUCUCUCAGUAACCUGGUGGCGUCUCUGUUGAACUCGGUGCGCUCCAUCGCCUCCCUGCUGCUCCUCCUCUUCCUCUUCAUCGUGAUCUUCGCUCUGCUGGGGAUGCAGGUGUUCGGGGGGAAGUUUAACUUCCCGGAUCAGGAAGUUCGCCGGAGCAACUUCGACAAUUUCCCCCAGGCCCUCAUCACCGUCUUCCAGAUCCUGACGGGUGAAGACUGGAACAGUGUGAUGUAUGAUGGGAUAAUGGCUCACGGUGGUCCUGUUAUACCGGGGAUCCUGGUUAGCAUCUACUUCAUCAUCCUCUUUGUCUGCGGGAACUAUAUCCUGCUAAACGUGUUUCUGGCCAUCGCGGUGGAUAACCUGGCCGAGGCCGAGAGUCUGACGUCUGCUCAGAAAGAGAAAGCCGAGGAGAAGAAACGCAAAAAACUGCUCAGGGCUAAUCUGUCUGAUAAGGGAGAUGAGGAUAAAUCCACACUGGCUAAGAAACUGGCCGAGCAGAGAGCAAAGACUGAGGGAAUCCCGACUACAGCAAAGCUGAAGGUGGACGAGUUUGAAUCCAACGUGAACGAGAUAAAGGAUCCUUUCCCACCUGCAGAUUUUCCAGGUGAUGAUGAGGAGGAGGAACCAGAAAUCCCCACUAGUCCUCGGCCUCGACCAAUGGCAGACCUGCAGCUGAAAGAGACAGUGGUGCCCAUGCCGGAGGCCAGCUCCUUCUUCAUCUUUGGCCCACAGAACAAGUUCCGAAAGUUGUGUCACAGAAUCAUCAACGCCACCACCUUCACCAACAUCAUCCUCCUCUUCAUCCUGCUGAGCAGCAUCUCUCUGGCUGCUGAGGACCCCAUAGACCCAAUGAGCUUCAGAAACCAGGUUCUGGCCUACGCUGAUAUCGUCUUCACAUCUGUAUUCACAGCUGAGAUUGUUCUGAAGAUGACCACAUACGGCGCUUUCUUACACACAGGCUCCUUCUGCAGAAACUCCUUCAACAUCCUGGACCUGAUCGUUGUGGGCGUGUCUCUGCUCUCGAUGGGAAUGGAGUCCAGUGCGAUCUCUGUGGUGAAGAUUCUGCGAGUGCUGAGGGUUCUGAGACCUUUACGAGCGAUUAACAGAGCCAAAGGACUGAAGCACGUGGUCCAGUGUGUGUUUGUGGCCAUUAAAACCAUUGGGAACAUCGUGCUGGUGACCAUGCUGCUGGACUUCAUGUUCGCCUGUAUAGGAGUCCAGCUCUUCAAGGGAAAAUUCUUCUUCUGCACAGAUCCUCUGAAAAUGACUGAAGAGGAAUGCAGGGGAACCUACAUCCACUAUCAGGAGAACGCUCUGCACGAGAUGGAAGUCCGUCAGAGAGAGUGGAUGAACAGCGGCUUCAACUUUGAUAAUAUUCUGAACGGCAUGCUGGCACUUUUCACGGUGUCCACCUUCGAAGGCUGGCCCAAACUGCUAUACACAGCCAUAGACUCUAACAGUGAGAAUAUGGGCCCUGUGUACAACAACCGCACAGAAAUCUCCAUCUUCUUCAUCGUCUACCUCAUCCUCAUCGCCUUCUUCAUGAUGAACAUCUUCGUCGGAUUCGUCAUCGUCACCUUUCAGGAGCAGGGGGAGCAGGAGUACAAGAACUGUGAACUGGACAAGAAUCAGCGUCAGUGUGUGCAGUACGCUCUGAAGGCCCGCCCCCUCCGCUGCUACAUCCCUAAAAACCCCUACCAGUACCAGGUGUGGUACAUCGUCACUUCCUGUUACUUCGAGUACCUGAUGUUCCUCCUCAUCAUGCUGAACACCAUGUGUCUGGGCAUGCAGCACUGUAACCAAUCAGAGCACGUCACACACCUGUCUGACAUGCUGAACGUCAUCUUCACCGUGCUCUUCACCGUAGAGAUGUUCCUCAAACUGGGUGCCUUCAAAGCCAAGGGCUAUUUUGGAGAUCCCUGGAACGUGUUUGAUUUUGUCAUUGUUGUGGGCAGCAUCGUUGAUGUCAUUCUCAGUGAGAUUGAUGCGGCUUUAGCUGCUCAGGGUGGGCUCUACUGUCUGACUGGAUGUGCGGAGGUCAAUCCAAUGCAGGCCAUCGCUGACUCUGAGAAUAUGAGCGUCUCCAUCACCCUCUUCCGUCUGUUCCGUGUGAUGCGCCUGGUGAAACUACUGAAUCGCUUUGAGGGAAUACGGAACCUGCUGUGGACCUUCAUAAAAUCCUUCCAGGCUCUGCCCUAUGUGGCUCUGCUCAUAGUCAUGCUCUUCUUCAUCUAUGCCGUCAUAGGCAUGCAGGUGUUUGGCAAAAUUGCGCUGAUCGAUGGAACUGUGAUCAAUCGCAACAACAACUUCCAGACGUUUCCACAGGCUGUUCUCGUGCUGUUCAGGUGUGCCACAGGUGAGGGAUGGCAGGAAGUGAUGCAGGGGUGUCUGUACGGUCAGCGCUGCGACCCCAAAUCAGAUUACCUGCCGGGGGAGGAGUACACCUGCGGAGCCGGAUUCGCCGUACUGUACUUCAUGAGCUUCUACAUGCUCUGUGCUUUCCUGAUCAUUAACCUGUUUGUGGCCGUCAUCAUGGACAACUUCGACUAUCUGACCCGUGAUUGGUCCAUCCUGGGGCCGCAUCACCUGGAUGAGUUCAAGAAGAUCUGGGCAGAGUACGACCCUGAAGCCACGGGGCGCAUUAAACACCUGGAUGUCGUGACUCUGCUGCGGAGGAUUCAGCCACCGCUCGGCUUCGGCAAAUUCUGUCCUCAUCGAGUCGCCUGCAAGAGACUGAUCUCUAUGAACAUGCCUCUGAACAGCGACGGCACCGUCACCUUCAACGCCACACUGUUCGCCCUGGUCCGAACCGCUCUCCGGAUCAAAACAGAGGGCAAUUUCCAGCAGGCCAAUGAGGAACUGCGAGCCAUCAUCAAGAAGAUUUGGAAGAGAACCAGCAUGAAGCUGCUGGACCAGGUCAUCCCGCCCAUUGGAGAUGAUGAAGUGACGGUAGGGAAGUUCUACGCCACAUUCCUGAUCCAAGAGCACUUCAGGAAGUUCAUGAAGCGUCAGGAGGAGUACUACGGCUACAGACCCGCCAAAAACAAAACCACCAACGAAAUUCAGGCUGGUCUGCGCAGUAUUGAGGAGGAGGCGGCUCCAGAACUGCAGAGGGCGAUAUCUGGUGACCUGCUGAACGAAGACGAAAUGGACCGAGCCAUGGACGAGGCGGCGGAGGACGCCAUCUACAGGCGUGCGGGUGGUCUGUUUGGCAACCACGUCGACCCCUUUAGUCUUCAGCGGGGAACCCCUCUGCCCACGCAGGUGACCAGCCAGCGCCCCCUGCAGCUCGCCGACAGCAGAACAGACGAGGCGGAGUCUUCACCCUCGUACCUCAGCUACGCUAACAACUACAACACCAACAAUAACACACACAACCGAUUCACACACAGGUUCUCCUAUGAGAGCCAAGACUCCUCCCACCUCAGCUCUCCAUCUGCAUCCAGGAGUGAUCUCCAUUUCCCAGCAUGCAGCAGGGCAGAGGUGCAGCAGGGUCCACUGAGUGCUGCUGAAGUGAUGAUUCAGGAGGUGCUGCAGAAAGGGGGCGUGGCUGAGCUAGGCGCGGACCGCAGAUUCGUUACUGUGACGAAGGCGGAGUUAGCCUCAGCUCUGCACAUGAGCCUGGACCAGCUGGAGAGAAACGCAGCUGCUGUUUUGAAUAAACAAACGAGGGGCGGGGCCAGAGCAGUGACCACGCCCACACCCUCCGCCAGCAUACAGAACCUGGUGUAAACUGACUCUAACUACUGCGUUUGAAGAAGACAGAGACAAGACAAGAUGAUCCCGUGAUGCUGAAGAGGAAGCUGAUGAUGGACAGACUCUGAUUACAGAUUUUUUUUACAAGUGCUCAAAACUCAGUUUACUUACUGAUCAAAACUCCUGCACAUUUUUUUUUUUUUGCAAAAUACCCUUUUUAUUGGAUGCAUUUCAACAUCUAUUAAUGUUAAACAAGAUAAACAGUAUAUUUAACAGUUUAAUGUUAAUGUAAAAUGAUGUAUAUGAACUGUAAACAUUUGAGAAAAAACUUUUCCACUCUAUUUUUAAACAACAAAAAAAAACAUCGUCCAGCGGAAGAGGAGCACAAAAAGCACUAAAACGAGUGAUCUGUAGCUUCAGCAGGAGUUCCGAUAAAUGUGAGAAUUAAAGAGACUCCACAGCG